CGCGCAGUUUGCCCUGUCAGGGGAUAGUGAGGGAAAGCCGGGCGUGGGUCGGGUGCGGUUUGCGUGGGCGCGCGGCAUAAAGAAGGCGCGCGCAAGGAACGGCCUGGGUGCGUAGUAAUGGGUUUGCAGAUGUCAGUGCGAGCUGGGAGAAGUAGUCUGCGGAAAGAACGGACUCUGAAUGGUGAUGCUGGUGAAGAUUUACUGGGAGACAGCGAUGACCGGCAGGAGGAUAUAGCGCGUUUUCCUUACGUCGAGUUCACCGGCAAGGAUAGUGUCACCUGUCCGACGUGCCAGGGCACUGGCCGCAUCCCUAAAGGUCAAGUAAAUGAAUUGGUGGCAUUGAUCCCAUACAGUGACCAGAGGUUGCAGCCACAAAGGACGAAGCUGUAUGUCUUCAUAUCCAUUUUUCUGUGCCUAUUCAUAUCUGGGCUGGUUGUUUUCUUCUUGUUCCCCCGUUCAGUGGUAGUGAAUGAUGAUGGAAUCAGAGUGGUUAUUGUAAGGUUUGAUGUCAAUAACUCCAGAGUCAUCAUUGAUAUGACGAGUACACUCAACAUCAGUAACUCCAAUUUUUAUACAGUUUCUGUGGAUACACUUACCAGCCAAGUCCAGUACAUGAAAACUGUGAUUGGAACAAAGCAGUUGAGUAAUGUUUCAGUUAUACCACCUCUAAGUGAGAAACAGGUUAACUACACAGUUCAAAUGGAAUUUAGUGGACCUCUAACAUAUGUGUAUACUUUUUGCACAAUGGCAUCGAUCAAGGUCCAUAAUAUUGUUGUCUUCAUGCAGACCACAGUGAAAAGCUCUUACUUGGGACAUCCGUCACAGAACUCUUUGGAAGCAUACCGCUAUUUGGAUUGUGGCGCCAAUUCUACAGCAUACAGGAGACCUGCUCUAAAUCACUGAUUUCUAACAGAUUUUUCUCCAUCUAAGCUCUUAUCCAUCCCCCAAAUAAUAUUGAUGUAAUCUGUAUUCAUUAAACACUAGACUGCUCUCAUUGGAAUAUUUGAAAGGCCUAUUCUGCAUCAUUUGUUACAGUGCCCAUUAUUACUUAUUUAAUUAUGUGGUAUUUUUAUCAAAUAAUGCCCAAAUAUAGAUUUUAACCUGGUGACUACUACACCUUGAUCCUCCCGAAGAAAGCUUGUCUUUUUUAAGCAAUCCACCCAUUGAGUGUCCACUGUCCCAUACAGUGGACUGUUGCACUUGUAGCAUAGUCAAGCACUGGAAAUUAAAAAUCCCAGAGCCAGUAUGUGAUUCUGGCUGCUUUCUCAACCCUUAUGCUCAGCACAUUAGCUCCGGAAUUGCAUGUGCACUUUAGCCCAAUCCUGAUCACUUUCUCUGAUCCCUUUUGUAUCCUGAAUGUGAUUCUUGUCCUUUACUCUGGUCCUGAUAUUUUCUGGUUUUUCCCCUUUUUCCUUCUAUACACUUUAAAUGCAUUUAGCCACUGAAAUGCAGCCUAUCUUAUUUAAAAACUUGGUCUAAGUUCACAUUUAAAAUCUUGUAUCCUAGUUAUUACCAAUAGUUCUUUACACAUCUGCAAAUUUUCAAGUAAUCACAUUUCAAUUAAAUGUAACCGGAGUUUUAAAAAAAAUUGAAAACUCUGUUUAAAACACAACCAAGUAGCAGUUGACAGUACCAUAAGAAGAAACUAGUCCUCUUUACCUGCAUAUAAGUUGUAUUGUACUGAGUUUACAACUGCUCUGGUAGCAAUACAUUCUAAAAUGCUUGAUCCAUCACUAAAAAUACUAAAUUUGAUGGUGAUCUAGCCUGAUGCAAUCUUGAUAAUUUCACUUCAAUCCCUUUAAUUGGAGUGGAGAUCAUUUGGUUGCAUCUGUCUUAUUUUAGGACAGGCUCAGUUGCACCAGUGUCUAAUAACUGUUCACAGCUGGGUGUUUAAAUGGCUAUGUACCUUCGGCGCAGAAAGUAAAUCCCUAACUAAAGCUCAAAGUGGCAAUGGAAGAUAACAAAUCUUCAAUCUAACUUCAUUGGCUUCCUCUGUUAUAUUUUGUGACGAUGUCACUGCCUGCCUUGCCAAUUGUGCAAGAUGAGAAAGGGAACUUGAAAGUGUGGUUUCCAGUGGAGCAGUCUAGACAAAGGAGGAAGACUGAAUCUUAUUGUGAUUUAACAUGAGAGAUAUUCUUGAAAAUGCAUUUUAUUGUGGUGUUAUUUAUUCCCAGAUGUGUUUGUAUUAUAACCUCUAAAGUACACUUGGAGGUGUUGGGAUAGGAAGGAGACACCAACAAAUUGUAAUGUUCUUUUGACUUCAACUUGUGACUCAGAUGGGUAAUGCUCUAUUUUAAUGACUAAAACUAUUGGUUGUUGACAGAAAAUGUUUUGGCAUGCCCAAAUAUGUCCAAUUAAGUGAGAUCCAGUUCUGUACAUGAUGUAGCACAAUCAUUGUUGUAAAUAUGAUGGAACCAUAAAUUUUUGUAUUGGUUGGUGCAGAAAAAGGAGAAAGCAAUAAAAUUUGCCCUAGUUUACUGGCAGGUUCUGCUGGGUUUACUGAAUUUGUACCUUCUCAGUUAGCCACUGAUCUUACUUAACUGACAGAUUGACUUUGCGGAUAAUUAUCAUACCUUUUCAAACCAAUCUUGCAACAAAAUUAUUUGCUCCUGGAACUAGCGUUUGCACUUGUACACCAGGUCCAGCAUUCUACCAGCGAAGAGUUGAUGGGAUAACAGUUUUUAAUUUGUCUCAAAAUUUGAAAAGCUUGUUUCUGUGGUCAGUGAGUCAGCAUUCUCCCCCCCCCCCCAAAAAAUAUGCAUUGGUUGCAAUUCGAGUUAAAUAGACCCAUGUGAACUUUCAACAAAAUUGUUUGUGAUCCUUGGUUUAUCCAGUUCUCGCCCCUCCCCCACCCCACACUCUUGGAAGGAUAGCUUUCUGUGACAAAUU